CGAGGAGAACGAAUCAACCACAAUUAAUUUGACCGGUGUUUUGUGUUUGUAAAGUGAAACUUUUUAUAUCCAAAAAUGGCACGUCGUCUGGAAACUAUCGUUCUUUCAACGAAUGAGGAAAUGGAUAAUCUCCAACCGGGUGACAAUACAGCUGACAUCACUGGAGUUGUGAUUCGUCUAGACCCACCUAGAAGACGUGCAAAUGCAGCUCCACCUAAAAUGCCUCUAACCAGAGCAAUCCUGCACAAUCGAGAUGAAAAUGGUGGUUGUUCGGUUCGUCUUUUGGGUUGGAGACAGUGGGCUUCCAGGCUUGAAACUCAAAUUGGAAAGGUCGUUAGGAUUACUCGAGACAGGGUAACACCUUCAAAUCCAAUGUUUAGAGUUGCCGAGGAGAAUCUCAUGGACGUGGAGAUCUCAAUGAGUGACAACACCAAUGUUGAAAUACUAAUGGACAUGCCUUCUGGGCCCGAUGGUCCUCAACCUCAACAGGUCAUCCUUCAUGACUUGGCUAGAUACGUGGGCUCGCUAAUUGACUUCUGGGUACAUAAGGGUGAAAAUAGAACGACAGCUGGUAGGAAAUGUCACCUACGGUUCAGGAGCAGUGAAAGAUGGUGUGUACCAUCUUUGUGUCAAUGUCGCUAAUUUCGAUUUAGCUACAAGACCUGAAGUAGGGAUACAUGUCACCGUUCGAGGUACAGUGAGAAGGAAUCGCUUUAACACUGUGGUGCUCCAAGUUCCAUCAUCAACAGAUAUUACGGUGUUAGAUGACAAUGUCAUGUCACCUCUAGAAACACGUAUGGAUUUUUUGUAGCACCAGUGAUCAUCGAACCAGUCAAUGAUCAAGAUGCAGCACCAGUGGUCAUCGAACCAGUCGAAAUUCCUCAGGCAGCACUCCAAGAUGUCAUUGAAGAAGUCGAUGUUCCUCAGGCAGCAGUCUCAGAUGUUGUUGAAGUCGGUGUGGCCCAGGUUAUCAAUGAAGUGGAGCCAGUCAACGCUCGAGCUAUAGAAAUUGCUCAGAACCCUAAAAGACCUUAUUCUGCUGAGGAUGGUCAAGGACCAAGUUCCACGGAAGCUCCCAUCAACGAGAGAAGGAGAAAUCGUCCUCGAUUUGAGGAGGAUUCAGAGGACGAGGAGGAGAACAUUCAAGGAACGGAAGACUCACACGUUCCUCGCGCAGGUUAAAUAUGGUUUUUGAUAAAUAUUUGAGCAUUCCAUUUUUAUUCGUCAACUUCUCUGUGAAUUGCAUUUUUUACUCUUCUCACUUUUUUACCAGAAAAUAUCUGAUUUUUUCCAAUCGUUCAAAAUCACUGCACUUUUGUUUUCACGAAUUGAAAAACAAUUAUUCUACUUAAUUUUUAUUUUAUUUUUAUUUUUAGAAUUGUCAUGAGAAAAAUUCACAUUUUUCUUUAAUAAACAAAGUCAGUUUUGAUUUUUUAUAAACGGAUAUUUCUGGAAUACCAUUGUCAUUUCUAUGUUUUUUUUACUUUUUGACGGUCAUGAUUUGUAUAGGUAAGAAGGAAGAAUGAAUUAUCAUUUUUUUUCUCAUUUUUUUCUUUUUAUUUUUUUCGAUUCUUUUUCAAUGUAUUUUCAUUUUCAAAAAAAGAAUUUUCUUCCUCUCUUCCAUAGAAAUCAUGAUUCUGUGAUUUAUUUUUCAUCAUUAGAAUUAAGCACUAUAAAGAAUGGUUUUUCUUUAAACUUCAACACGACAGUAUUCUCAGUAGUCAUAAUAGAGUUGUCACUAUUAUCAUAGGUAAAAGAAAGGAGUCAUAGCUUUCUAUCAUCCUAAUAUAAAAAUAUAAAACAUUUAAUUAUAGUUGUAAAGAAAGACUAAAAAGACUGUUAUGCUAUGAGAUAAAAUA